AUGGCAAAAGGAAAGAGGAAACCUCGUUGGCUAUAUUUGUUAAUUGUACCAAAUUUUAUUUUAAUGAUUAUAUGUCCCAUAAUUGGUAUGUUGGAUGAGUUUACGUAUUCUCCUAGUGAAUUUGUCCUUAAUUUUUUUACUAUUUCUUGGUUUGUUAUAACAAUUGCAGAAAUAGUAAAAAUCAAAAUAUUCGAUGAGACUCAUGGUGAACUUCGGUACAAUAAAGGUGCAGAAUAUACUAGUUUCGUACUUUUUAUUAUUGUUAAAUGGUAUUUACGAGGUUAUGAGAAAAUUGAAGAUGACGACAAAGAAAGCAAAGGUAGGGAAACUGUAGAAGUUGAAAAGCAACCAGAGAUUCUGAAACCAGUUGCUGUUAAGUCAUCUAAUGUCAUAGUAUAA